AUGCUGCGUGGAUGGAUGCCAGUUCCACCGGGAUGGGCGGGCCGCCCCGAGGAAGGGUCUGGGUGGCACGCUGCCCUGGCAUUUCCCGGGCAACAGGCUUUCUUCCCAGAAGAGGCAGAGGACAGGAGGUGCGAGGGUUCCAACCGCGAGAUGGCCAGUGAAGAGGUGGCCUUGGACUUGGCCUCGGUCACACCGAAACAAGCUCCAGCACAGGACGAGGGGCCCCGUCAGGUGGGACGCAAGCGGGGCCCGGCUCGCGUGGACGAUGUUUCCCGUGAGGAAGCCCCUCGGCUCUCUCUCUGCGCGAGGCAUGCAGCCAUCUGGCCCCUCGGCGUCAACCCCCCACCCCGGCCCCGAGACCCCGUGGUGCACGAGGGGAUUCCGGGGGCUCGAGCCCCGGGGCGCUGCUCCCUGGGCAGGCGGGCCCGCGAGGCUCGGUCUGCCCGGGGAUUGCUCACACGGCGGGGCGCGCAGGACCCGGCGCCCCAGGUCCCGGCCGCGGGGCGGGAGGCCGCCCCACUGGCCGCGCGCGCGCGAGGUCCCUCAGCCCUCGCCGCUGCCGCUCCCCUCCCCCGGUUCGCGAACGCCGCGGAGCGCGCCGCCGCUUUGCGGUUCAGCCCCGGCGCCGCCAACAAACUAGUUUCUCCGGCCUUCCCGCCCCGCCUCCCGACCUGCAGCCAAUCAGAGGCGGCGCCUCUGUGA